AUGGAGUAUCUAUCAAGGAGAUUAAAUCAGUUACAGAAUGAUAGAUUAUUCAGAUAUCAUCCAAAGUGCAAAAAUCUCAAAAUAACUCAUCUUAUUUUUGCGGAUGAUUUAUUACUUUUUGCCAAAGGUGACUUAUACUCAGUUCAGAGGCUUUAUCAGUGUUUCAAGGACUUCAGUGCCACCAUAGGAUUGGAAGCAAAUUUGAACAAAUGUUCUAUAUAUUUUGGUGGUGUGCAGGAUUCUGUUAAAUCAGAUAUAAACAAUUUCCUGGGGUUUAUUCAAGGUGCAAUCUCAUUCAGAUAUCUGGGAGUUCCCCUCAUUUGCAAAAGACUUUCAUAUGUUGAUUGCAGUCCUCUUAUUGAUUCUAUAUCAAACCAAUUUCAGAAAUGUUUAAAACAUAAGAACCUCUCUUAUGCAGGAAGAUUGCAGGUCAUUAAAAGUGUGAUUUUAGGGAUUCAAAAUUACUGGACUUCAAAUUUUAUUCUCCCCGUAAAAAUCACAAUGAAGAUGGAUGAGUUGUGUAGGAAGUUCUUAUGGGGUAAGACUGAAAAUUCUUUUAAAGUUCCGUUGGUCUCAUGGGACAAAGUCUGUUAUGAUAAAAAAUAUGGAGGAUUGGGGGUGUUUUCUGCCUCUAUAUGGAAUCUUGCUUCAGCUCUGAGAAGCCUUUGGUAUAUUCAUGUGAAUAAGGAGAUAUUAUGGAUAAAAUGGAUCCAUGGCAAUUAUCUAAAGCACUUGGAUAUUUGGCAGGUUAGUGUAAGAACUGGGGAUUCAUGGAUGUGGAAGCAGUUGAUUAGAGUCAGGGACAAAGCUGUAAGUGCUUGCGGUGGGGUUGAAAAUUUGAAGAAAAUUCUUAAUUCUUGUUAUAAGAAUUCAAAAAUCCAGAUAUCUGCUGUGUAUGCUGUUUUCUCUCCAACGUCUCAACGAGUGCCCUGGUUCAAUAUAGUAUGGGGGAAGUUGAACUACCCGAAACACUCUUUUGUGUUUUGGCUUGCUGUGCAGAACAGAUUACUCACACAGGACAGAUUAUUGAGGAGAGGAGUUAUUAAUGCAAAUAAUUGUUAUCUGUGUGCAGGUGCUGCUCUUGAGAGCCAUAAUCACUUAUUUUUUGAUUGUUCCUUCUCAAAGGAAGUGUGGUUAGCGAUCAUGGAUUGGCUCAAAUUUGAUUGGCAAGCUUGUGACUGUAAUUCUCUUAUGUGCUGGUAUAAUACAAGAUUGAGAGGUAAAGGUUUUAAACAGAAUAUGAAGAGAAUGGCUAUAUCGGCUACAAUUUACAAUGUUUGGAGAGAGAGGAAUACCAGGUUUUUUCAGCAGAAGUGUAGAUCAUCUAUGCAAUUGGUUAGGGAUAUCAAAAUUGAUAUCUUAACCAUUUGCCUGAAUAAUCCCGAGCUUGCUGAUAACAGUGAAUGGCUCUUAUCUUUGUAA